CAAAUGGUUGGGGGCGCAGAUGGCCUAAAUCCAGCUUAAAAACAUGCACUCCAGAGCCCCUACCUGAGGGACACCAAAAGAACAAGUUGACCGGUGGGGUUUAGACCAUUGAUUUCCAAAUUCGUAUACUUCUCCAGGAGAUAAAUCACACAGGAUACUGAGCAUCUGUCGAAGGGAGAGGCGCCCAAACCAACCAUCUGUACUUCAUGGCAGUGCGAAAAUCUGCUAGGCUGUUCAUGCCUUUCAGACAAUCUGAUUCUGCUGCGGUCAGGAGAUUGCUAAGUCAGAUUUGGUUGGUCACGGAUAGGCUCGAGCAUUACCAAGUUCAAGCGUACCGAGAGCAUAUAAGGGAGUGCCGGAAGGUGAAGGAUGACACAUCAAUCGCUACUGAGAAGGUCGCCGACAUCCUCAAAUUGUGCGAAGAAGUGAAUGCCUGCAUAUCGCAGAGCUUGAACGACAUCUAUGACAAGAUUCGCACUUCACAAGUAUCGAAUGCGGCCCAACAGCAGCUUCAAGACCGAUCGAUCGAGCAGGCCAUCUCGUUCGCGAUCAGGUUGUGUCAUUUUGUUCCUCUUACCCUGGAAUUGCGAAGAAGCUCCAAAAGCAUGAAGCAGGUGCUACGCGACAAGAUCACCGCCUGUACAUUGACUGGCCCACAUCAAACAUUGCAGGACGACUUCUGCGAGAAGAACUUGACAAGGAGAGCAGACAUCAGGAUCCGGUACACAAGCAAUCUGACAAAACACCUGGAGCUUCAGGGAAACCAACUCUUCGUCUUUCGGCAUAAUUCGGCGCUGAGUGCGUACGCGUGCGACAGUCAAAUGCGCGACAUAUAUCCACCAGACUUCCUGGUUGAAACCCAAGCCACGAUAGACCUCCUCUUCCCUGUGGGCGAGAACAAACUCUUCCGCCGCAGGCAGAGAUUAAGUCUGAAGAACUUUGCUGAUCUUGAAGUCGGAGAACUUCCAACCGUUACUGGCGAGCCUGACCGAGAGCUUCAUUUAUAUCGAUACUGGGGCCAUCGAUUGGCGAUCAUUGAUGAUAAGUACCAAACCUCGAAACCUGGGCGACUCAAGCAAUGGUAUUAUGACAGGAGAGACGCGACAUCAUUUACCACCUUCUGGUUUACGCUCCUGGCAUUCAUCCUGGCAUUCAUAUUCGGUUUGAUAUCGACUGUCACGUCGAUAAUGCAAACAUGGAAGACGUUCCAUUCUUGAGGUCGAAGUGCAGAUCACCAGUGGAUUAUGUCAUUGAUGUUGUUUUGGAACGUGGGGCAGAUUUGACUCUUGGCCAGUCUCGGCUUCAAAAG